AUAUGACGUGGGCCGUUUGAACGGCAAGCAUCAGACCCAGCGUUAUGGCCGCCGUCGACGGCGCAAUUCGUCUCCUCGAUUUCAAUGAGAAAUUGGACAUUCACUUGCUCGACCGCGUCGUCGCCUCGCUCUAUAACGGAGCAGGCGAAGAGCAACAAGUGGCGCAGAGGGUGCUGACAGAGUUGAAGGAGCAUCCGGACUCGUGGACGCGCGUUGAUACCAUUCUCGAGUACUCAGCGUCGAUGGAGACGAAGUACUAUGCGCUGCAGAUCCUCGAAGUCGUCAUCAAGACGAGAUGGAAAGUUUUACCGAGAGAGCAGUGUGAAGGCAUCAAGAAGUUCAUUGUCGGUUUGGUCAUCAAGAUGUCGUCGUCGCCCGAGAACCUGCAGCAGCAGCGCGUUUACGUCGGCAAGCUGAAUAUGAUUCUCGUGCAAAUAUUGAAACAUGAAUGGCCACGGAAUUGGCCGACCUUCAUCUCCGAUAUCGUCGGUUCGAGUAAGACGAGCGAGUCGCUCUGUCAGAACAAUAUGGCGAUAUUGAAGUUGCUCAGUGAGGAGGUGUUCGACUUCUCUACUGGCCAGAUGACUGCGUUGAAGGCGAGGCAUCUGAGAGACAGUAUGAAUAGCGAGUUCUCGCAAGUCUUCCAGCUCUGCUCGUUUGUUAUGGAAAACUCACAAAGUGUCGCCUUGGUAAUGGCCACGUUAGAAACUUUACUACGAUUUCUCAACUGGAUUCCUUUGGGCUACAUAUUCGAAACUAAACUCAUCACAACACUUGUCUACAAGUUUCUCAACGUUCCAAUGUUCAGGAAUGUCACAUUGAAGUGUCUGAAUGAAAUCGCUGGUAUUGAAGCCGAACAGUAUGAGGAACAAUUUGUUUUGUUGUUUACUAUUACAAUGACACAACUGAAGCAGAUGCUUCCCCUCACUACUAACAUUCGGGAUGCGUAUCGGAAUGGUCGCGACGACGAACAGAAUUUCAUCCAAAACUUGAGUUUGUUUCUGUGCACGUUUUUGAAGGCGCACGGUGUCUUUCUGGAACAGAAAGCUGAACUACAGCAGACACUGUUGGAAGCACUACACUUUCUGGUGUUGAUAUCAGAGGUGGACGAAACUGAGAUUUUCAAGAUAUGUCUUGAAUACUGGAAUGUGUUGACAUCUGACUUGUACAAAGAGAGUCCAUUCUCAACCAGCUCUCCUUCAAGUCCUAUAUUAGUCUCUAGUGGAGUACAGCCAUAUAGUGCCAACAUUCCUCCACGGAGACAACUCUAUUUGGCUGUGCUCUCGAAGGUUCGUGUUGUCAUGAUUUCUCGUAUGGCAAAACCAGAAGAGGUAUUAGUCGUUGAGAACGACCAAGGAGAAGUAGUUCGAGAAUUUAUGAAGGAUACAGAUGCCAUUAGCAUGUACAAAAACAUGCGAGAAACACUCGUGUAUUUGACUCACUUGGAUUACGCAGACACCGAGCAUAUAAUGACGGAGAAACUACAGGCUCAAGUGAGUGGUGCGGAAUGGUCGUGGAAGAAUCUCAACACACUCUGUUGGGCUAUUGGUUCGAUCAGUGGAGCAAUGCAUGAGGAGGACGAGAAACGGUUUCUUGUUACGGUCAUAAAGACUCUCUUGACUGCAUUUCAGGAUCUACUGGGGCUGUGCGAGAUGAAGCGUGGCAAAGACAACAAGGCAAUCAUCGCGUCCAACAUCAUGUACAUAGUCGGGCAGUAUCCGCGCUUUUUGAGGGCUCACUGGAAGUUCCUGAAGACGGUCGUCAACAAGCUGUUUGAAUUUAUGCACGAAACUCACGAUGGUGUGCAAGACAUGGCAUGUGACACGUUUAUUAAGAUCUCUCAGAAGUGCAAGCGACAUUUCGUCGUGUUGCAAGUGGGAGAAGUGAUGCCGUUUAUUGAGGAGAUUCUCAACAACAUUAGUGCGAUCAUAUGCGAUCUACAACCUCAGCAGGUUCACACGUUUUAUGAGGCUGUUGGCUACAUGAUCAAUGCUCAAUCAGAUGGCAUGGCACGUGAGCGACUUAUUGAGAAGUACAUGUCGUUACCUAACCAGAUCUGGGAUGGAGUAAUCACUGCAGCAACAAAGAAUGUUGAGGUACUGAAGGAUCACGAGAUGGUGAAACAGUUGGGGAACAUACUGAAGACGAACGUGAGAGGAUGCAAGGCCAUCGGUCAUCCGUUUGUUGUACAGUUGGGUCGGAUAUAUCUGGACAUGCUGAAUGUGUACAAAGUUCUUAGUGAAAACAUCUCGGCUGCUGUUGCUUCAGCAGGUGAAGUAGUGACGAAGACUCCACUGAUUCGUGCCAUGAGAACAGUGAAGAAAGAAACUCUAAAACUGAUAUCGACGUGGGUUGAAAAGUCAAAUGAUUCGAAGAUGGUGUGCGAGAGCUUUAUUCCUCCUCUGCUGGACGCUGUGUUGGGUGAUUAUCAGCGGAACGUUCCCGUAGCUCGUGAGCCGGAAGUUCUCAGCACAAUGACGACUGUUGUAAAUAAACUAGAGGGCAAUGUUACCACCGAGAUUCCACAUAUACUGGAGGCGGUGUUUGAGUGUACUCUGGCCAUGAUUAACAAAGAUAUGGAAGAGUUUCCGGAGCAUCGAACCAACUUCUUUGUCUUACUGCAAGCGAUCACGUCAUAUUGCUUUACGGCAUUUCUCCAGAUACCUGCACAGCAAUUCAAACUUGUUAUGGACUCCAUCAUCUGGGCAUUGAAACACACCAUGCAGAAUGUGGCAGAUACAGGUUUAAACAUUUUGCACACAUUGCUUGAAAACGUACAACGGCUGGAUGCUGAUCAAAGCUUUUAUCAAACUUACUUUCUUGAGCUGCUGCAGCACGUCUUUUCUGUCGCUACAGACACAUCACACACAGCAGGGCUGACAAUGCACGCGACUAUCCUCUGUGAUAUGUUUCGACUCGUUGAGAAUGGCGGCAUUGUAGCCCCUCUUUUUAAUCCAAGCCAAGUUUCUGAUCCUACUAUGACCAAUCAGCUGUUCGUCCAUCAGUACCUUCAGCAGCUGCUAAAGCAAGCGUUCCCUCACUUACAAAGCGUCCAAGUUCAAAUGGUCGUGAAUGGUCUGUUUACUCUAAAUAAUGACAUUCCUCAAUUGAAGGAGCAUCUUCGAGAUUUCCUGGUUAUGAUCCGGGAAUAUGCCGGUGAAGAAACGACGGACUUGUUUCUUGACCAGCGAGAGCAGGAGCUGCGAGAAGCAGCGGAAGCUAAACGAAGGCAGCAACUGUCUGUUCCCGGUAUUCUAAAUCCCCACGAACUUCCCGACGAGAGCAUGCAAGCGUAGUGAAAACCGUGCUGCACUGGACGUUGCCAUCAAUCAGUAGUGGGAUGGUGCUGUAGAUUGUGUAGGUGGUUCCUAUUUGCGUGACUUCGUAUUCUACUUUCCAUGCAUGACACGAACGCGACAAUUGCUGAGACUAUUUUGGAAGUCAGAGAGAUUAUAUUAAUAAAGAUUCCAAGUUGCCUUGUA